AUCUGUUAUCGACUUGUAGGACUGGUUGUAGUUUUCCCUCAGUCUAGUUUCACUUUGUCCAAGCAAAACGUCGCAGAAAUACCGGAACUACAAACAAAGUGUCGUAUUUGGAUCGCACGGGAGCUUCAGGGAUGGCCACCGCGCCACACUCCUCACUACAAAUGAGAUCGACUGAUCUCAUUAAAAAAGAGCCCCUGGCCUAUGGAGGAUUUGGAGAAGUUUACCUGUGCUACCACGUAACCCUCGGGCAAGUGGUGUUGAAGACUAUGUACACUGGCCCUCUUCGUAGCGAGGAGAAUAAAAGAUCACUGCUGGAGGAGGGGAACAUCAUGGCAAGCCUGAACCAUGAGCGUGUGGUGAAGCUGCUGGGUGUGAUCAUGGAGGAUAGAGACUGCUCUCUAGUUAUGGAGCUCAUCCCCAGAGGUAACCUGCUGGUCAUGCUAGAGAAGGUUUCCGUUCCAGUAUCGAUAAAGGGGAGAAUCAUCUUGGAGAUUUUGGAGGCGAUGGUUUACCUCACAGAAAGACACGUCGUACACAAAGACAUCAAGCCUGAAAAUAUUUUAGUGGACAAGGAUUUUCACAUCAAGAUUGCAGAUCUGGGCCUGGCCACCUGUCAGACAUGGAGCAAACUCACCAGGGAGGAGUCUCGCAGGAAGAGUCGUAUGGGGCUUUCAUCCGGGGCAAGGGGUGCCGGCACACUGAGCUACAUGGCUCCUGAGCACCUGGAGAGUAUACAUACACUGUCCACCGAGAAGUCUGACGUUUACAGCUUUGCAAUUGUGGUUUGGGUCAUCCUCACAGGAGAGGAGCCAUACGCCAAUGCAAGGAGUGAAGAUCAAAUGAUCCAGUGUGUCCGAAAGGGUGAUCGACCAGCAGAGGACCUCAUUCCUGUUGACACACCUGCAGAGAUUAUUGAGCUCAUGAAGAGGUGCUGGGAUCACAAUCCAGCGCAACGACCAACAUUUAAAGAGGCCUACAACCUCUUCCUUCCUUUCUACACGCAGAAGCUUGAACCACAUGUAGAGGAAGAUUUACUUGAGCUGAAGGAAUCAUAUGAAGGUCCAGAUGACCUUGUUGAGAAAAUGAAAUCUCUAUCAAUGACCUAUGAAUGUUUGUCUGCAGAUUGCCCUGCUCCUUUGCUGAGUUCAGAAAGAGGUGCUUCUGUGCCAGUUGAAGCCAGUAUCGAGGAUCUGCAUGGCACCCAGUAUGAUCCAUGUGUCGGGUCUCUCCAGGCAGAUGCAAAGGUAGUUUGCACCCCUUCAGCUCUGGAGGAGAAGUUAGAUCGGGAGCUACAGUACCACAAAUAUGGUAGCUAUAACUGUGAGAACCAGCCUGACGCUGCAAACGGCCAUCAUCAAAAAAAUUCAAAUCCUUUUCUGCAAAAUCACUUCACUACUCCUGAUCACGCAAUAAGGCAACCAGAACCAGACAGACCAUCUUAUGCGUCCUCAGUCCAGUCCUGGACCAAAGCUGAGCCAGUGCAACCCACAAGCCAGGAGGAAGCCUGGUACCACCCGACUGCUGGUCUCUAUGAGUCCAUGAGCUCUUCCAUACCUGCUUCAUCACACCUGCCAAUGUCUGCCAGCACCUCCUGUCUACCACAGUAUAACCAGCAACAUCCCAACUCCCACUAUGACCGUCAGCAGUCCUGGCCAGCUUAUCCAGUGUCUGAUACUUCUGCUCCUGACGCCAUGCCUGGCCGUCUUCUAGCACCUUGCAAGGGCGGUUCGGUACAAGAUCAAGGAUCUCUUUACAUUCAUAAUGCCAGCGGGAUCCAGAUCGGGAGCAACAACUUGAUGAGUAUCAGAGGUUACGACUCCACUCAUAGUUUGUCGUCUCAAACUGCAAAUGGCUCAGCUAUCUUCCGUAUCAAAGACGGCCUCCUGAAAUAUGAGGACCAUGCUGUGACAGAGGAGCAUCUUGACCUGCUGAGGGAUAACAUAGGGAACAGAUGGAAGCGCUGCGGGCGGCGCCUGGGUCUGACCACUGUGGAAAUAGAGACCAUUGAGCAUGACUAUUACCGUGAUGGCCUGCCAGAGAUGGUGCACCAGAUGCUGGAUCGUUGGAAAAUGAAGGAGGGAAGUAUUGGCUGCACAGUAGGGAAGCUUUGUCGAGCUCUGGAAGGCAACAUAAAGGUAGAUGUCAUACAGAAAAUUCUGGACUCCUGCGGUUCUUCAUAGAUAUCACAAACUUUGGCGGAUCUUUCUUAUUCACCCUAAAUGACUAUCUGCCCAUGAGGGCAGCAUUUUGGUCAAGCCAAAACCAGCUGAGCUUGUUUUGGUUCUUGUUGACCCUGGGAUUGCAUUUUGUCAAGGAAAUGAUUUUAACUGUGUUGGUCAAAAUGGAGCCCGACUGAUAGAUUGUUCAAUCAGUAUCAAUACUGGCCAAUAAGGGCCUAACACAUAUAAGUAUCAGUAAUUUCUUAUAUACCCUGUUUCAGAACUUCUCUCUUUUACACAACAAAGGCCUUUACUAUGAAGCACGUUUAGAAAACCCAGGGUAUUUUUUGUUUAUCUUCACUAACCCUAACAAAGGAGGUCAAGCCACGCAGUCAAAAAAAGCUGCUUAUCAACUCAAUAAGCAAACCAGGGUAAGUAUGAACUGUUUACAUUAAAGGGCUGCAGUUAACAGCACAUGACCAUGUGCACACAUGAAUACAUGAUGUCUGCUAUCAGUAGAUUGACAUAUUCACAAAGUCAGAGCAACUUAUGACAUUAGAAAGUGUGGCAAAAUUAAAAAUACCCUAGAUUAAAAACAUAAAGCUGCUGGAAAAUUUUGUGCCAAAAACACGUUGUAGAAUAUGAAUCUACAUAUUAAUUCUCAUGAUAUCACUUUAUCGUCAUUACAGGGCAAUAAAUCAGAGUAAAAUGUCUUCUGUUUCCUGCUUUAGAUUAACUAUUUUCUCAUAUUGCUGGUUUUGGGCCAAAACCUUUUAUCGCCAAAAUCACCACUGUUCAAGAAAUGAAAACAUGAAUAAUUAAAUAGUGAAUUAUCGUAGUUAGCAUCCAUUUUAUUGCAAUAAAAUGUGUUAAAACCUGGUGACAGAUGUUAAAGGUGACCAACGGCGCUGACGUAUGAAGAAAAAAAAAAUAUAUAUAUAUAUAUAUAUAUGAAAUUAGAGAUACAGGGUUUUGGUCUGACACCAGUGGUAUCUGGUAUGAUAUUUUAAGAAAUAAUAUACCUACUGCAGCUCCCAUAGUAUACCAAGCAGUAUGGCUCUCAUGAAAACAAAUUUGAAUUCUUAGUUGAAAGCAUAAGAAUGCUUAUUUUUAUUUCUUAUACAUAAAAAAGUUGAAGAUCAUUUUAGUUGAUACUGCUAUCAAUACCAACAAAUAAAUGCAAUUUAAACCUUAAACUUCAGUCCUAAAAAUACACUUUAAAAUUUAUGGAAUGAAGAUAGUAAAAGACUUUUAGCUGAUGUAGGCCUGUUGGUCCCACAUAAAAGUCCACAAAGUAUUCACAGUUAAUAUGUUGGUUCUAAACUUCAGCAGAAAUGUUCAUACCUGCCAGUACUAAUUAACUUUUUAAGCUAAUAUCACCUGAUACUAAUAUAAAAAUGCAAAUAUCGUGCUUUAAGUUAGCAUAGCGGUCCACCCUGGUAAAAAGUAAACUACCUUCACAGUACAGAAACCCCAGAGUUCACCCUGAAGUUAUCCUGCUAAUUGAAAAUCAUGCUCCAGAAGAUGCUCCACUACAGUGCACUUUCAGAGCUGUCUGUUGCAUGUUUUUUAAAUGGAACCCUACAUGAUCAAACAAAUUCGUCAUAUUGGAUAGAUAUUUGUAUCUCUGACAUGUACAGUGCUUAACAAAUUUAUUAGACCACCUUAUUUAUUAGACCAUUUUUUCAGUUUUUUUGUAAAUCAGUAAAUUUGA